UCUGACACAGUUUAUACAAUUUGAUGUGCACAUCCGUAUUCAAUGUGUCUUGUUGCACAUUAUAAUACAUUUGUACUGAUCGCAUUGAGUUUGAAGACAAUUUUCAUUAGUUAUUAUUAGAAUAAUUAAUAGUUAAUAGUCAAUUAGUUAACGCUUCCAAAUGUACGUUUAAGUAAGUAAAGUUAACUGAGUUACAACAAGACUAUACGACAAGAGUGUAGAAUCAUUUUGGGGUAAGGGAAUAUUUUUUCUACUCAAGUAAUUAAUUACUGUGCUAAAAACAUUGUGCGUGCGACAAAACAAAACUGUGAGCUUGUGUUCGAAAUAACGUUAAUUAUGGUUUUUAAUUUUACGGGAAAUACUUCUUACAGUCGUUAUUAUUACUAUUAUACAGUAUAGACGUCACAAUAGCCAGUGUAGUAUAUUGUUGACCAUUUCAUUGAUUCAUGUCACUGCUGUGAGCGAGAGAUUUGAUACGAUAAGGAAAUUAUGUUUUAUGACAAUUUCCCGUAAAGCAUGACAUGUUAUCUAUCUGUAACGGCGAAAAACAUGAGAUUGUUUGAACACAAAGCUUACAGUACACUUUCGCGUAUGCUGAAGUGAAGGAAUAGUAUGUAAAUUCACUAUUGCACUGAGUAACCUUAAAAAAAACUUUGUUCCAAUAUAUAAUUUCACAGCUUUAUUGAAACAUAUGCCUCUCAUUUGGCUGGUUUCAGCUGUAACAUAAAAUUCUAUUUUGAAAUGACUAAACAAUAUUUAACAUUUAGUACAUGUCUAAAAUUACUAUAUACACCAGAACGAAAUGAAAAAUUCAUAUAUCCGAUUCUCCUAGUCUUGUAGGGUAGAAUUUUUUUACCGAUUCUAUAAAAAAAAUACUCAAAGACACCAGUCGAAUAGAUGUUGUUAUGUUCCGUUUUUUGAAUUCAAUAAUUUUUUUUUUAGAUAAGCUAUAACGCUUACGUUAUUCAAGAAUAAUAGGAAUAAUAGGUUAGGACAACGACACAUACUAGUGGUAGUACUAUAUAUUCAUAUUUUUUUAAUCAUAGCGGGUCUAGGGUUCCUAUCGACCGCGCAUUACACGUUGGGUAAACUGAAUUAUUUGUAUCUCUACAAGCUUAUAGAAGUGAAUCUGUAGUGGCUUAAAAAUCAGUUUAUUGAUUGAGUCCAGGUGAGUAAAACCAGCUUGAUGGUUGGUUAUAGGUUUCGCCAACUUGAUCAGACGCAAUAUACGUGUAACAAGGAGUACAUAAUUUGGUAGAGUCGUAUGGAUUUUUGCGAAUCAUCCGUACCGCUUCUUCACAAUCCAUCCUCGUACACCAUUUGCUAUGAGGCCGGUGUACAGGUUAGGAACGACAUUCCUUCACCGGUUGAGGAAACCGAAGUUAUGACGGUGAGACCAGAGUCGGAUGAACCGGACUCACUAAUGCAAACAUUUGCACACACUGACGUUGUUACUGGAGACCAUUUCGUGGGAGAUGAGUUUCUAGACCUUGAAAAUGCUAUUCCGUUACCACACAACUGUAUCAUCGAGCUCCAAGGCACAAAAUACGUAGUACAUAUAAACCAUGAUACUAAACAGGUGUUGGCGGUACCACUUCGGAUGCAACCUGUUGAGCCUCUGACCAACACGUCAGGUCAAGAAGUUGGCCAGGACGGAGAGCGGGCUAUCGAUGUGACCGCUCUGGCGUCACUACUCGGCAGACGGGGUCGUGGACGGCCCCGAAAAGAGCGCGGUCACGAAUCUAAAGCCCAAGUGUCACUUCUGCUGCUUUCGCCCGCACCUUGUCCUGCGCUUCUUGUCCAGCUUCGGAUCGACGAUGUACCACCCACGUUACCUCCAAGCGUUCUCUGCGACCGGGUUCUCACGACGAUGCUGUCUCGACAGGAUGAAGGUACAAGCGCUUCGUUUGAUGUAUCCACUGACCAGGGAGAACUCACCCUCAAUGCCAGAAUUGCCGUGUUUAACGGGGUGCCAGACUGGGUGCGAUACCCACUGGUAAUUCCUCUUGAGAAGAGCGACCCCGUAGAGGACGAGGCGUUUUUAAAGAAACGGGCCGCUGAACCCGUUCAGAACGAGUUAGUGCAGUGUCCCAGUUGUGGUUUUCAGUCGUUCUACGAGGCUCAUCUGAGUGAGCACCUGAUUCAGGAGCAUGGGACCGACAAAACUGGUAGAGGAAUGCACCUGGAGCGCUGCAUCAAAUGCAGUUUGAGCUUGGCCAAUAAACAGGCGUUGGUUGAGCACUACGUCAGGAGACACCCAAAUCUCGUCUGCGCUCCAUGCGGGGUCGUCGUUGAGCAACAGUAUUUGAUGCGAAAACACAACGAGCGGCAUGAUGAAGCUGCACCCAGAUACUGCGAACUCUGUGGCAAAAACUACAAAGAUCGCUAUAUUCUAAAAAGUCACAUCAAGUUAGUGCACGGCCAGGCGGAGAUCUUUUAUCAAUGCGAGGUAUGCCGAAAGCAGUUUGAGCGCAAGGCCCACCUCGUUCGCCAUAUGCGAACCCACACUGACGAUAUGAAACCGUUCGCCUGCAAUCAGUGCCCUUACCGUGCGCGAGAACGCGGUGAUCUGAAUAAACAUAUGCGUGGGCAUGGCGAACCUUCAUUCCCUUGCGGCCACUGUGAUAAGUGGUUUGCACACUUGAAAAGUUUGCGAUUGCACGAGAAACGUCAUGGCGGUGUUCGAGACUACAAGUGUGCCCUGUGCGAUUUUUCCGCAUUCACCUAUAAUCACGUUAGAAAACAUAUAGAGCGGACGCAUGCAACUAUCGCCAACAGUGUCACCGGUCAAGUUUUAAACGGGGGCAGAUAAAGUGAAGCAAAAUGACAUAAGUCCUAAACUGUAAACCGGCUAUUAUAUAAUGUAAGAUUCCUGGCUUAAAGUAACUGUUAGCUGCGUAAGCACAGCUCAGGUAAUCAGUAGCCAUAGCCUCGUUUUCUCGACGCAAAUGUUCGACUACGUAUGUUUGUUUACGUGGUCGAUAUAUAGUCUUAAGUUUAAGGAGUACGUUACGUUAAAUGAAAGGCUAAACCAGUCAUCGUUUGGGUAACUGUGAUUGCAAAUCAACUAUCUACCCUCACGCGAAAAUAUAUAUGCGUUACAACAAACCAUCAAUUAGCCACUAGUUCAGAAUAGGUCAAUAUCGACGCGGAACGUACCACUUCUCAGCACUUCUGCUGACUAAAUUUGGUUUUAAAAUCGAGGAGCUGUACAAUAACUUUUGAACGUGUUAUUAUGGUAAUGCACGUUGCUGUAUAUUUGUAUACUAAAUAUCUUAA